AUGGUCGUCUGGGACACUACUGUUGUGCCACAACUUUUCCGAGAGCAGCUCUCGGAAAAGAAGGCGAGCAUUGCCGAGAAUAGCUCUCGGCAAAGCUAUGUAAACUCAGCAUCGCCUCCUCCACACCAUGGCCUCCCGGAUGAGAUCGUCAUCUGGGAGAUCCUCGUCCGCCUGGCCCCCAUAGCCCUCCUCCGCUGCCGCGCCGUCUGCCACGCCUGGCGCCGCGCCACCUCCAACCGCGACUUCCUCCUCGCCCACCAUGGCCGGCAGCCCAGCCUCCCCCUCCUCUACGGCUACAACUUUGUCGGCGACAAAAUCGGGUCCCUAGACAUCAUCCCCUUCGACCACCGGGCAGGGGUCGCCCCCACCGACCAGCUCCGGUCCGUCGCACAACUUCGACGCGCCUUCUUCCGUCCGUUGGCCUCCUGCGACGGCCUGGUCGUCCUCACCAUGAACUAUGCCCGCUUCAUCAUCUGCAACCCGGCAACUCGUCAGUAUGCUCCACUUCCUCUGCUUUCUGACUUCAUUUUCUUGGGUAUGUACCCGCACGGCCCUACGGGCGAGUACCGGUUAUUGCUGGGACCUGAAGCUCAAGAUGGCUGCUAUGUCUACACAUUGUCAACUCAUUAG